ACAGAUGCAGCCACAUCUCUUUUAGCACUUGGCAUAGUCGAUAUUGAAUAUAGACGGGUUCCGUGCAGUUACCCAAACAAAAAUAUUACAUUCAAGAUUGAUGAAAAUAGCAAUAACCCUCAUUACCUGGCUUUUGUAAUUUGGUAUCAACAAGGCAGGAAAGAUAUAACUGCAGUGCAACUAUGUGAGACACAAAACUUUGAAUGCAAGCUACUUGAUCGGAUGUAUGGAGCAGUAUGGACAGCAACCCCACCACCUAGUGGAUCUCUAUCAAUAAGGAUGUUAUUUAGUGACGACAAUGGAGACGAGACAUGGGUAGUUCCAGUCAAUAGCAUACCUCAAAACUGGAAGCCUGGAGACACGUAUGACUCGGGAGUACAAGUGAAUGCCUAAGACAAAAAAUCCUCGUGUUACCUGAUUAUUUUGUAUAACUUAUACAAGCCUCUAGCAUAUUCAUGUUAGGAUUUUUCCUUUCCAUAGAAUUCCACAGCUUGUUAAAUAUAAAUGUAAUCAUUAAAUUAAUAACUAGUAAAAUAAAUGGACACAACAGUAAGCAUAAUUUUUUAUUAUUGAUAAUGUUGGACCGUGUGGAACCCAACUGUGUUGUUCACUUACCGCUUGACUGGGGGACAUAGUUUCCUAUAAUAUAUGAAGGAACAUGAUAGGAAGGGGCAUUUUCCAUCAGGCAAGACAUAAAAGUGUAGGAAAAACUUGUAAUCUCAUUCAAUAUAGUGAAAAAAAGAAAAAAG